UUCCACUCGAUAACAAGAGAGAGAAGAGAUAGAAUACAACAAGCGGCAUCACGAGGAGGCGAUGGGCAACGCCGGGAGCGCGCCGGAGCAGGCCAAGAACACGGCGGAUGGGGGCAGCGCCGCGGACGCGGAGGCCCGCCGCGCGCCGCCGUCGACGGUGCGCUUCUUCCCCGAGGCGUCGGGCCGCAAGGCGAGGCAGCCGCCGCCGAUAAAGCUCGAGGAGGAGGAGGGCGCCCCGCCGCCGCCUGUCGUCGAGGAGGAGAUGGCCCCACGCAACCUAUGGCAGGUGUAUGCACUUGGGGCAUUCAUUGUGUUGAGAUGGGCCUGGGCUAAGUGGAAGGAGAACCAGGACAGAAAGGACUCGCCAGAUGGGGACUCACCGUCACCGGACGGGUCAGCUUAGGUAGCUGCCUGUGCCAGAACUGGGCUCUGUUCCCGGUCUAAAACUACCAGAGAAGAAGAAUGUCGUUUUGCUAUGUAGUACUGGAUUAUGUAUUUGCCGACAAUUUGCAAGUGACUUUAUCCCCUUUACUCCAGCGAUAAUAAUCCUUUUUACCCCGAGA